UUUCUAUAUGAUAAUUUAGGGUUUAAAAGGAUGUACAAAUUAAAAUAUUUAAUAAUUUGGAUAAUUUUUAAAUUCAGGUACCCAUUUGAUUCUCGGUUCGGUGUUAAAAUUUCGGUCUUGGAUAUAUAUAUGAUCUACUUAUUUAUUUAUAAUAUUCAGUUUUAUUUUACUUUUCUUUUUUUUUCUUUUUUUCUUACGAUCCAUGUUGCGAUUUCGGAUAAAUCUGCCCAAACCUAUACACAAACUUAUAUAGAAAUUUAAUUAAAAGAAAUUAUUUAAUUUCAAAAAUAAAUCUGCGCUUUCCAAGCGUGGGUCAAAAUCUAGUUACUAGGUUAAAAUCCAUGCUUUUCGCGGAGUAAACAUUCAAAAUACAAAUCUUAUCAAUGUACACUAUUAUUUAUUUUCUAUUUGUACAUAUUAUAAAAUUAUAAAUAAUAAAUACAUCCCCUAUAUAUUAAAAGAGAAGUCACUUGUGACUUCUCAUGACGUGGCAAUCAUACAAACACUCUCAAGGAAAUCCUUUUAAUUUCAUUGGUCGAUUGUUUUUAGUUUUUUUUUUAACAUCAGCGAACUUUUUGUUUUAGCCGCCGGAGAUUUCUUAUCCUACGAUUUUCUCUUGCUUCGAUCUAUUUUUUCUGUGACACCUAAAGCCGCCGGAGAUUUGCAAGAACAAACUCCCUUCGUACAUCUUCGAUAUCUCUGAUUCAGCAAUCAUCGAGCUGCCUCAACGCCACGUCCCUCCCUCGCCCUUCUGUAGACACUCGCGCUGUUUUGAUUUGCUAUGACGAUGUGGAGGUAGACAAAAAGUCGCUGGAGUUCACGUAAUCCGUGCGGAAGUCGAACCGUGAUCGUUUAAUAGGGGUAUGUUUGUGCGAUUGCACGGUUUUGAUCUCAGAUCGUUUAAUUGUAUUUGGGGAUUAGGGUUUUUGGGUUUAAUUGAAUUUGGGGGAUUAUAAUCAAUUUCGUUUUAACUCAUUUCCGUUUAUAUGACUGAUUUCAUUUCACCACUCGGGAGUGUAGAUAUGAAUCUCUGCUCGGUUGCUUAGCGUCAUUGCUGCUUCUAAUCCAACAGUGGCUUUGUAUAUACAUAUUUUUUGAUAAUAUAUUUUUUGUACAUUCUUCUCAGUGGAGUGCCUCCAUUUUGGUUAAAGACUAAGUCAAAGAUUUUUGAUGCUGUCAGGGCCACAGAUUUGAGGUUUUCUGCUGAGCCGUGGUUGAUCCUUGGGAUGCUUCUCAAUCACACGAUUUGAUCCGUAGGAUGCUUUGUGUUGAUCCUUCCCUGAUGCUAACGGCUGAUGGUGUUUUAGCUCACUCUUAGAUGGAGCAGUUAUCUGAGCCAGGACAAGGACAAUAUGAUCAAGAUGGGGUUGGAUGUGAAGGGUUGGAGCGUGGUGGAUGUUCUUUCUCCACAGAGUCAAAGUUAAUAGGGAGCAAGACUAUAGCUUAAGCAUGGGGCAGUUAGAGGAAUUGAUUGAUAACGAUUGUAGAUCAUAAUUCUCCUUUACCUGCGGAAAACAUCAAGAAGUAUGAAGACAGGCUAACUGAGGGCGAUGCUGCGGAUAACAACACUCCCAUCUAUGCCAAGCUUUAUCUUCUUUAGUCCAAGCCCAGCGAUGACACAGAACAACAACACUCAUGAAACAGAUGAGAAACUUGGAGGUGACAAGAAUUCAUGCUUCAGUUGGUGAACAGCUCAUCAAGAAGUAUGAAGACAGGCUAACUGAGAGCGAUGCGGUGGUCGUCCAUUUAUUCAAAGUGUACGAUGCUUUUGGUGAUUAUCGGACAACCACACAUCCGUACAAAAUUGGCUUUUUUCAGACAACUUUUGUUGGAAAAGCUGAUGAUUUUCCAAGUGAAGUUUCCGAGAAGUAUUUGGCGGAUUACAAUGAUAUUCUUGGUGGAAAGCUUGAUAACAGCUGUUUGGUUGAUGUUAUUGGCCAAAUAGUUAACUUUGAGUCUCUGGAAAACAGAAUGAUAAAAGGAAAAGAUAACAUGAGGCUCUUGAUUGAGUUACGUGACCAGAAUAAUGUGAAGAUGAUGUGUACUCUGUGGGGCGUUAUCUAAACAAGUAUACGAUUACAGUAUGAGUAACAUGUCCACAAUGAUUAUUUGUGUUAUCAGGUUAUGUUAUGUUAAAGAGUGGAAAGGUAUAUAAAAGUACUUACUUUGUAAAAUGUUUAAUUGCACAACAUGUUACUAAAAUCUAAAUAUUGUAGGUGCUUACUCCAUAUCUAGCGGGUAUAUUUCAACCCAUAUUUUGCUCAACCCAACACUGGAUUUGAUUGACCAGUUCAAAGCAAGGUACUCCUCCAGUUUGAAAUCUCUGGUUUGAAAUCUUCACCCAGUCCAGCAAGGAUUUGUUCAGUGAGAUCCUCAUGAUCCAUUGGUGCACCAAGUAACGCUAGUUCAUCAGAUUUGGCUUUGAUGAUGCGGAGAUACUCACUGAUGGAUUUUGUGCUUUUGGAGCAUGUGCAGAUUUGGAUCCUUAGUUGUCGGAGAUGUCUUCUUGUAGGGUUGCCGAAUGUUGUUGCUAGGAGAUCCCAAACUUCUUUGGACGUGGUUGCGCCAAUGAGGGCUGAGUCUAGAAGACGAUCCUGACGUCGCCAAGGUGCAUAUGCAGGAUUAGGAACAGAGACACCAUCAUUCAUGAUCGUUAAUGGUGGAAUGUUAUCAGUGGAGUCGAUGAACUUGUGGAGUUCAUGCCCUUCAAGCAGAGCCCGAACUUGUCGCCCCCACAUUAGGUAGUUCUCGUUUGUGAGCAUAGUAAUGAUUGACAUGUCACAGAAAGUAAAGUACUCUGUGGGUUCUGAGCAUUGAACACAAAGGUUCUUUCAGCUGUGGAUUCGAAUUCCAUUGAGAUGAAAAAAAAAAAGAAAAACAGAGUUUGA